AUGGCCGGUGAUACCCACAAGGCCGGGAUCGUGGGCGUGGUGGUGGGGGCCGUGCUGUUGUUUGCGGCCAUGAGUAUGGUCCCAUUCAUUGUGAUGUGGCACCAUCGUCGACGGACAAUCGCCCGACGGGACAGCGAACUCCGCAACCUCACCCAGGGCGGCAUUAUGCGGCAGGUGUCAGUGGAGCGAUGGCUCGAAGAGCAGACACACGCGGACCACAGCGACCGCCAGUAUGCUCAGGAAUCCUGGUAA